AUGCCACACAAGAUUGGGUUUGUAGUCGUCAGUUCAUCUGGACAUGAAGAUGGUUUCAAUGCAAAAGAAUUAAUGGUCCAUGCACCAACUGUUAAUGGAUGGAGAUCACCAAGAUUUUGCCAGUUUCCUCAAGAAAUUGUCCUUCAGAUGGUGGAGAGAUGCCGAGUUCGAAAACUUCAAUUACUUGCUCACCAGUAUAUGAUUUCCAGUAAAAUCGAGUUUUAUAUUAGCGACAGUUUGCCUGAAUAUUUUGCACCAUAUCAAGCAGAGCGAUUUCGAAGGCUUGGUUAUGUGUCUCUCUGCGACAAUGAAAAAACAGGAUGUAAGGCUCGAGAACUAAAAUCAGUUUAUGUGGAUGCUGUAGGACAAUUUCUCAAGUUGAUUUUUCAUAAAAACCAUGUCAAUAGAUACAACUUAUAUAACCAGGUUGCUUUAGUAGCAGUUAAUAUCAUCGGGGACCCUGAAAACUGCAGUGAUGAGAGCAAUAUCACCUCCAGAGAGAAGUUGAUUGAUCAUUAUCUUGGACAGAGUUCAGAGGACUCAGGAUUAGAUGGAUCAUAUUUUGGGAAACCCGACUAUAUUUCUCCCCUGGAUGAUUUAGCCUUUGAUAUGUACCAGGAUCCAGAAGUUGCACAAAUAAUCCGUAAGUUAGAUGAGAGGAAACGAGAAGCUGUCCAAAAGGAGCGCUAUGAUCAUGCGAAAAAACUGAAACAGGCUAUUGCUGAUCUACAAAAGGUUGGGGAGCGCCUCGGCAGGUAUGAUGUGGAAAAGCGUUGUGCUGUGGAGAGAGAAGACUAUGACCUGGCCAAAGAGAAGAAGCAGCAGAUGGAGCAGUAUCGCACCAAGGUGUACCAGCAGCUGGAGCUUCACGAUCUCCUGGAUUCCCAGAUGAUUCGAAAGCCUUUCGAUUUUCCCCUGGCACCUAUGGUCCAUUCUAGUAGCCCUCGCCCGCAGAAAUCUUCCCAGUCGCUGCUGCACCGUGAGGAGCAAUCAGGAGAGAAACCCUGCGUGGAACCUUCCAAGUCUCAGCUUCACAGUUCUCCAAAUGUUAAAAUGCAAGCCGCCGUCGGGCAGCCGCUCUCAGCCUCAGAUCCUCUUUCAAAGAUCAAUGUUGAUUUAUUGCCUUAUGAUGAAAGACCUCUUCCAGCUGUUCUUAAGCAACAAGGAGAAGUGUAUGUGGAGCCCGAGAAGGUUGAAGAAGAUCUGCUUCCAAGAGGCAGCACUGCAGGAGAGCCAGAGCCCUUAACUGAGAAAGCACUAAGAGAAGCCAGUUCUACCAUAGACGUGCUGGGAGAAACUCUGGUUGCUGGAGCUUAUUCGAAGACCUGGUCAUACCGAGAAGAUGCAUUGCUUUCAUUGUAUAACAGAUUAAUGGCAACACCUGUUGGGACCCCAAAGGAAGAUCUGAAGAACCUGCUCAGAGCUGCUGUCUUUCUGAUAAGAAGAGCCAUCAAGGACCUCGUACCUUCAGUCUUUCAGACAUCACUGAAAUUAUUAAAGAUGAUUAUCACACAAUACAUUCCUAAACACAAGCUUGGUAAGCCAGAAACCUCCAUCACCGUGGAGAAGACCCUUCCCAAUCUGCUGACCAGAACCGGGGACUCCUCCGCUCGCCUCCGCAUCAUAGCAUCGAACUUCAUUCAGGAACUGGCUUUGUGUAAGGAAAUUAAGCCUCUGCAAAUUAUUCCAUCACAUUUAAUUCAACCAUUAAAACAGAAUUCUUCGACUCAUCUAGCAAUGAGUCAAACAGACUUAUUGGCACGUUUGUUAAAAGACCUGGGGACUGAAAAUUCUGGAUUUACUGUGGAUAAUGUUAUGCGGUUUUCAGUGAGUGCCCUAGAGCACAGAAUCUUUGAAAUACGAGAAAUUGCUAUUAAAAUUAUUUUGGACAUGUAUAAGAAGCAUCGAACCCUAAUUCUAGAGUACCUACCUGCAGAUGAUGGCAACGUUCGCAAGAAUGUUCUCUAUAAGACACUUUUUGAGGGAUUUGCAAAAAUUGAUGGCGGAACUACAAUUACUAUGGAGGCUCAAAGAAAAGCAACAGAAGAAGCAGAAAAACUAAAGAAAGAAGAAGUUAAAGUUCUGCAAGUACAACUGGCAGCACUGAGAGAGAUGCAAGCAGAAUCUCAGAUCGAGAAGGAAAAAGAAAGUGACUCGGGAAAGAUGAAGAACCAAGAUGAUUUCAAAAAGAAAGCAAUUCACGCUAAUCCUCCAGACAUUCCCGAUGAUCAUGCCUCCGUUGCAAAUUAUUUGGACUAUCUUUGCAUCUUUUGUGGGGAAAGAGAUGACUCAUUCACAGAAGAAGGCUUAGAUCUCCAUUACUGGAAGCAUUGUCCUAUGUUGACAAGAUGUGAACACUGCAAACAGGUGGUCGAGAUAGCCAGCCUGACAGAACACUUGCUAACAGAGUGUGACAAAAGAGAUGACUUUGGAAAAUGCCAUCGCUGCUGUGAAGCCAUCUUAAAAGAAGAGCUACCAAGACACAUAAAAAUCAAAGCUUGUAAUCCUGCCAGAUCAGAAAAGCAUGCAAACCGGUGUCCAUUGUGCCACGAGAAUUUUACACCAGGAGAGGAGGCCUGGAAAUCUCACCUGACAGGGCCGGCAGGCUGCACGAUGAACCUGCGCAAGGUGUACCACUUGCAGAAGACACAAGCCACACAGUUGGGGAAAGCAGUAGACUCAUUGAUGGCCAAAUCGGGCACCUCAGGAUCCAAAUUUGGAAGCAAGAUUCCUACCCCCAAAGGAGGCCUGAACAAAAGUACUAGCAGGCCAUAUACCAAACGAUGACACAUGACAAAUAUUUUGUUUCCUUUGUCUCCGUUAGUGACUGAGCAAGUUUUCUGAUUCUCUGACAUUUCUUGUAAAAUCAGUCUUGUGGACAUGGCACUAUCAAAUCCUUUCUUCCUGAAUUGCAGGUGGCUCUUCCCCUGCCAUCAGUAGCAUCCCCCAGUUACAGUUGGUCCUUAUGUAUGUGACCAGAGAAGCUGCCUCUCAGAUAUAGGCCACAGUCCUGACGGCACUGGAAGUUUCCCAACUUGGGGUCCCUCUCUUGGAUAACGAAAGGGAUGCCAUUGUCUUAGGACAAAACCAGAAGUCACUUAAGUCAUGGGCUUUAAUAGCACAACCGACGGGUAGAACAGGGAGCCACGGAGAGACACAAUCCCAACAACAUCCUUCUUUAAAAAUUGCACUCAGAAUCUUAAAAGUGGAUGACAUGCAUUUUGCCAACUGAUCUCCACCCAAACUUGCUUCUCCCUGUGUGGUACAACCAAAGUAAUGUUAUGUCAUCAGAACCUUGCAGCCUCUUGACCCCAGCACAGAAUGGCAUCAGCAAGGGAGCUGUUCGUAGUCAGAUUAGCGCUGGGCUUUGUGCUUCUCCUGUCGUGCUUUUUUUUUUCUUUCUUGUGGCACUGUCUGUUCACAUUCUGCCAGAUGAAGUGAGGCAGGGUGACCCAGGAGCACAUCUCUUGCUGUCACAGAAAGUGAAGGUAAGGAAGAAAAUCUCCAGGAGAAAGCCACUGAGGAUCAGUCCAUCCAUCUGUCUACAGUCAGUGCUUCCCAUUCCUGGGUAGCUUUCUACCCGUUUCGCACUGUGGGCCAGUGGGUUAUCCUUGAUCCCAACUGUAAAAAAAAAAAAAAAAAAGUCAGUCCCCGACAUGUAAAUAUUAGAACAAGACUUGGAUCUAUAUCAUGCCUUUUUGGGAAGGGGUUCCAAGUUCAUUACAUGUGUAAAUAUUCCUUUUUUAAAAAUAAUGAUAGUGCUUUCUGGUUGAUAUGAUGUGAUUAUCUGACUGCAUGUAAAUCAAACUGAUUCUUCCUUAAAGCCCUAAAUAAAACUUGGGGCUGUUUACGUUGUAAUCUGGCACAGAAUAUCUUCCCCAAAAUACCUACUACAUACAUUAAUGUGUAUCUAGUACUUAUGAAGUAGAUUCAAGCACAUACCAAUUUGGGACCAUCAUUCUAUGCCCUGGAAGUACCAUAAUUCCAAAAGAAAAUUUACCUUUCAAGAAGAGGGGAGAAAGUCCUUUAAGAUACCAAAACAUUUCUUUCCAAAGUUGUGCUGAAUAUAAAAAAAGAGAGAAAGCUUCCACAAUGGCUGCGAUCUGACCCAUUUGUCAGACCCACUUCUGUGAUGAUACCUCUGUAAGUCAGCAGGUUUCUCCUCAGUGGCUGUUGCCAGAGAUCCGUUCUAUGUAGAGAAAUAGUCCUGAAAAACCAGCCAGUAUUCGACUAAAGUAACUUUUCUGACUAUAUGAGUAUUCUGCCUGGAGAUUUUUUUUUAAACAACUGUUUCCUAAGUAGCCAGUCUUCUAUCUGGCAGAUCGAGAACUUAGAAAGAAGCUGUCGUCGUAUCCUAUAUUAAGAUCAAGAAUCAUGCUUUUCCCAGAGUCACGUACUUUCAGAAAAAGCUGGCACAAUGAAUUAAUCACUAGGAGCCAUGCCGCCUGUUGGAGAUUUUUAAAUUGCUGAUGAAGAAAUAUUGUGUAUAUUUAUGACAUUUGGGGGAUUUGGUUUGCUUCCAUGAAACAAGGAAAGUCUAAGCAUUUGAGGAGAGGGGUUCUGCUUUCUGGCUAUCUUAGUAACUGUGAAAUUCUGUCUGUACAUCCCCAGUUUGGUAAAUAAGACUGACUCAUAAUAAAACUGUAUGAAAGUAACUACCAUGAGGCUUUACAUUAAAAUAAAAGGAUUUUAUGUAAAAUAGGAAACGAGACUAAACAGUACCUAACAAGAGCACAGCAUAAAAAUGCCUUCAAACUUGGUAGUGGUGAUUACUUUUCGUUUCUAAGAGAAGAGAGGACAGCUGGCUUAUUCUAAUUUUUAAAAUCGCAAAUAUGCAAAGUGUUCUUUAAGCUUUUUCACCGUGGUUCAGUGAAGGAAACAGCUGCCCUUCACCCACACAAGUUUUGCGGCUGUUUUCUGUAUGUUCCUAGCAUAAUAUAGCAGUUCCACUUUUCAAAGAAUGACAUUUUUGGAGGAGAGGCGCCAGGGCGAUUUGGGUGAAAGGCAAGGUGUAAGUUAUAAGUAGACUAGCAUGUGGUGGGCUGAAGUUGAGGAACAGUUUGGGCAUAAGGCAAGAAGGAUUGCUUGAUUCCAUAAAGGGCCACCUCUUGGGCUUCCCUAAAGAAAUUGUAGAUAAAAAGAAAAAGCAACAGAAACCUUGUUGUGUCAUUCAGAAGCAAAACAUAUG